AUGGAAGCCAUAAUCCAAUGCAUUCCCGACGUACCCAUACUCUUUAAGAAGAGCCAACCCCAAAGCUAUGCUGAUUCACCCUUCAUAGACAUCAUAGCAGUAAUGAAGAUGCCACAAAAAUUCACCUUCCCCAACAUGAAGCACUACGAUGGGACCACCGACCUGGACGACUACAUAGCAUCCUGUAAGCAACGAAUGUUAGCUAUGACCAUCCCCCGAGAUCUCCAUGAAGCAUACAUGUGUAAAAGCUUUGGCUUUAGCCUCAUGGGACCAGCACUCCAAUGGUAUACCAACCUCCCCAACAACUUCAUCGAAUCUUUCCUCCAGCUCAUGGACACCUUUGUGGAGCAAUUUGCUAGCAACAAAAAGCUAGAAAAGCUAUCCGACGAUCUCUACCGGAUCCGCCAACACUGUAAUGAGCCACUUCUAGAAUACGUGGGACGUUUCAAUCACAAAAAAGUCUCCAUCCCUUACUACAAUCAAGAGACCACGGUGGAUGCCAUCAAGAAGGGACUCUUCCCUUACUGUGAGCUAUACAAAGAAUUCACCAAGUUCAAUUAUACCAUUAUGGAAGAUGUGCUGGCUUGCGCUUGGAUAGAAAUAAGGUGGGAGGAAGAUGAGGUCCAUCGAGGCAAGCUUAACAACAAUGACGAUUGCUACCCUCGUUGA